AUGGUAGAAGAAGGUAGCCGGGGGGAUCGGGCUCCCCGUGGUGGCGGGCCACGGGGAUCCCCACGCCCUCCAGCCCCGCCGCAUCGUGGCAUAUCGGUGGUGGGCAAAGCAGUGUGGAGCGUGGCGCGAGCAGGGAAAGGCUGGCGUUUUGAGCGAGCUGUUGGGGUGGACUGCAGCUUGCCUGAACCUCGUUGCAUCUGGUUGACAAGCGUGCGGAACGACAAUGCUGAGUGGUGGGAGAGACGGUGGCGCCGGGCCGGGGCAGUGAUGGCCCGGCAGAAGUGCCGUGCACGACCCAAGAUGGACAGGAAUCUCACGCCAAAGCUGGGCCAGAGAGAUGGUACGGCCACGAACGCCAACGCCCCCCCUGUGGAGUCCUUCCCCUGGGUGGGGCCGAAGACGGUGGUGCUGCACAAGAACUCGCAGGGGGGGUACGGAUUCACCCUCCGGCAUUUUAUCGUCUACCCCCCAGAGUCAGCGGUUCAUUCCAAUGUGAAGGAAGAAGAAAAUGGAAACAGAACAGCCCCCUCACGGAACCGUCUGGAACCCAUGGACACCAUCUUUGUGAAAAGUGUGAAGGAAGAUGGGCCGGCACACAAGGCUGGCCUCCGGACAGGAGACCGUCUCGUCAAAGUGAACGGCGAAAGCAUCAUUGGAAAAACCUACUCACAGGUCAUAGGCCUCAUUCAGAACUGUGAAGAUGCUUUGGAACUCUCCAUCAUGCCCAAAGAUGAGGAUAUUCUCCAGUUGGCAUAUUCUCAAGAUGCCUACUUAAAGGGCAAUGAACCAUACUCUGGAGGGGCCCAGAGCAUCCCUGAGCCACCCCCCAUAUGCUAUCCUCGUAAAACGUACCCGUUCCAGUCAAGGCCCUCCCCUCGGGAUGUUACAACAGCUGAGACGUACCAGGGACAGCAGGUGGACAACAGACAGACAUACCAUUCGGGGUCCUCAGGCCCAUCUUCUCCCUUGAACAGCACUACGGUCCACAGAAACCCCCCGAGUGCCUGGGCUGAGUCCACACAGAACUUCAGUAGCAACCAUUCCAGCCCCGUCCACCGCACAGAGGAGAUCCAGUAUGGAGUGACACAGAGGGUGCCCGUCCCGAGGCCCCUCCCAGCUUCUGGCUCUUUCUCCCGCUACUCCAAUAGCAGUUGUCCCGGUUCUACAGCCUCCCCCUUGCCUGAGAGGUACUGUGCCCCUCCCGCUCCCUCUAUGCCCAAUCACGCCUGCUAUGGGCCCCCCAAACAUCUCCCUGACCAUCGACCUCAUGGCGGGUUGAAAGAUACUCCCCGGGAGGGCCGGCCCUCCCGGGACUGCAUCGGGGCUGGCCCCAAAUCUGUCAGCCGUCUGGAAUGCCAGCAGGCCUUGUCCAACUGGAUCUCGAGCCAAGUGCCGCGGCGUAGCUCGUCGGAGGAGCGCCACUGUGCCAUGCCGCCUCGCUACCGGAGUGUCUCGCAAGACCGUCUGGGGGAUGCUCUGGCGCCCCGGGGUUGGCCUCACAGUGCUUCCCAAGACACCUUAAUCCAGCCCCCUGCCCAUGAAGGCUGGAAUUACCGGGCCAGAUCGGAUAACUAUCUGGCGAAAUAUGGGCGAUCCUUGGAAGCGCUUGAGCAGGGUGCCUUGGUUUCUCCUAGAUACGAGAGGUGUAUGUGGCCACCAGACAGGUUUUACCGGCACGGGCAAAUUAACCGAGCCCAGCCUAGUCAGCCAGGUUCUUAUAUUCCUACUGCCUCUUCCGGCGAUCCGCCCCCUGUGCAUGUGCAAAAACACCCUUCCCAACCCAACCUCCAGAGCAUCGAUGACUCUGGGUAUAUUGGGUACCGGAGCUACAGCCCCUCAUUCCAGCGUCGGACUGGCUUGCUCCAUGCCCUUUCUUUCCGGGAUGCUACUUUUGGUGACCUUCCAACGUUUAAUCUUUCUCAAAGGCAAGGAAACCACCCAACGCCACCUUACGUCGAGAGGUCUGUGCUCCCCAGUGCCCCUGCUCCUUGCCUGGACCCUCCCCUGGGCAGUAGCCCGGAGACCCCAAUGGACCAAAUACCAGCCAGACAGGAGAAUGACACGAGGCCUCUGGAGCAGGCUUCUCCCUCUCAGGCUACAGAACGGCUGCAGCCUGAGACUGAGGAUAAGAGGGAUGAAGUGGUUCUCCGGCAGAAGCCCCCAACUGGACGCAAAGUGCCUCCUCCCGCAAGGCAGAUGAAUUUUGUCUUCCCAGAUGACAUGAAGGAAACAGACAUUUGUGAUCCGCCUCCACCGGCGCUGGCAGCCGGUAAAGAGAGCAAGCGGGGAGUAGCCCCAUUGGCUACACCGGAGGAUUCGCUCGCGUCCAUCCCGUUUAUUGAUGAGCCAACGAGCCCCAGCAUUGACCUGAAGGCAAAGCACAUCCCUGCCUCCUCUGUCGUCUCCAGUGCCAUGAAUUCCGCCCCUGUGCUUUCGGCUAGCCCCUCCUCACCCACUUUCACCUUCGCCAUCAACCGCCAUUACUCCCAGGAUUGCAGCAACAUCAAAGCGAGUCGCCGGUCUUCCUACCUCUUAGCCAUAACCACAGAACGCUCCAAGUCAUGUGACGAUGGUCUGAACACAUUUCGGGACGAGGGGAAGCUUCUGAGGAGGUUGCCAAGCCGUGUGCCAAGCCUCCGCAUGUUAAGAAGCUUCUUCACUGAUGGGUCUUUGGACAGCCUGGGCACCUCCGAAGACACCCGAUCAAAGCGGCAUUCCACCUCUGACCUGUCGGACGUCACUUUCAGCGAUGUGAGGAAAGAAGGCUGGCUCCACUACAAACAGAUCCUCACCAAGAAAGGCAAGAAAGUUGGCGGUGGCAUCCGGCAGUGGAAGCGGGCCUUUGCCGUCCUGCGUGCCCACUCGCUCUACUUGUGCAAGGACCGGCGGGAGGCCGUGGCCUUGGCCCCGCCCCCAGGUGAGGAGGAGCAGCAGCCAAUCAGCGUCCGAGCGUGCCUGGUAGACAUCUCCUACAGUGACACCAAGAGGAAGCACGUCUUCCGGCUGACGACCGCUGACUUCUGUGAAUGUCUCUUUCAGGCCGAGGACCGGGAUGACAUGCUGGCCUGGAUUAAAGCCAUCAGGGAGAGUAGCAAAGCCGAGGGCGAGGACCCUGGGUUUGCAAGUCAAGCACUGAUCAAUAAGAAGCUAAAUGAUUACAGAAAAGUGAGCUCCUCUGGGACCAAACCAGACUCUUCCCCAAAAGGUCUUCGUGUGCCAGGGGUGAAGUCAGAAUUGCAGAAGCAAAUAGGAACAGGCCCACCCCGGUCCCCACGGCAGGAUGCAGUAACACCAAGAGACGAUGGUGUCCCUCAGAAAGCUCCUUGGGGUAUCAACAUAAUGAAGAAGAACAAGAAAUCUGCUCCAAGGGCUUUUGGUGUGAGGCUAGAAGACUGCCAACCAGCUCCUGACAACAAGAAAGUCCCCCUGAUUGUGGAAGCCUGUUGCAAGGUAGUGGAAGACAAGGGCUUGGAAUACAUGGGCAUCUAUCGGGUCCCUGGGAACAACGCUGUGGUGUCCAGCUUGCAGGAGCAUCUCAAUAAAGGAUCCACAGAAAUCAAUCUGCAGGACGAGAGGUGGCAAGACCUGAAUGUCAUCAGCAGCCUCUUGAAGUCCUUCUUCCGGAAGCUCCCGGAACCGCUGUUUACAGAUGAUAAAUACAAUGACUUUAUUGAAGCCAACCGGAUUGAGGAUGCCAGCGAAAGGAUGAAGACCUUGCGCAAACUGAUCCGGGACUUGCCAGGCCAUUAUUACGAGACACUGAAGUUCCUAGUGGGACAUCUCAAGACAAUUGCAGAUCAUUCCGAGAAGAAUAAGAUGGAGCCCCGGAAUCUUGCGCUGGUGUUUGGUCCCACCCUUGUCAGAACGUCGGAGGACAACAUGACCGACAUGGUGACCCAUAUGCCUGACCGCUAUAAAAUCGUGGAGACCCUCAUACAGCAUUCAGACUGGUUUUUCAGUGACAAGGAGGAUAAAGGCGAAAAGACCCCUGUAGAUGAGCAGGAGACCCAGUCGGUGCCAAAUAUUGAGUACCUUCUGCCCAAUAUUGGGAGGACAGCCGCACCGGGGGAUACUUCAGAUUCAACCAACAGUGGCUCAGCUAAAUCAAAGGCUUCAUGGGGCUCACGGAAGGAGCACUACCACAAGGAGAUGCUCGCCAUCUCCUUCAUCUCAGCCGUCAACCGCAAGAGAAAGAAGCGGAGAGAGGCAAAGCGUUUCGGGAGCAGCACAGACGACGACUCUGAGCACGAGUCGGCUGCCAAGAGAGACGAGGAGGCGGAAGAGGAGGAAGGAAGAGAGGCGGAGGGGCUCGGGAGCAGCAGCAGCAGCAGCAGCAGAGGUCCAGCCCCUGAUGUGCAGAGCGGUCCACAGUGCCCUGUAAAAUUGAGAGCAGAGUUGGAAGACGGGAAGGGGGUGGCACCCCGGGGAAGCCCAGAACCGGCACCAGACGCCCACUCCAUCGUGUCGGGUUACUCCACCCUUUCCACCAUCGAUCGCAGCCUGUGCUCUGAGGUGCAGUCGGUAGCAGAAAGCCGUGGGGAAGAGGCCGACGACGAGCGGAGUGAAUUCAGCCAUGUGGAGACGGACACGGAGAACGGUUUUGCCCCAGGGCCGGCGGGGACGCUCCCGGGAGGGCCUGGGAUGGCAGGGGAAGGGGGAGCGACGGCGCCCGACAAAGUCCCCCACAGCCGCGCCUCCUUCAGCUCCCACCGCCUCAUGCAGUGCGACACCCUGGCACGGCGCAAGCUCUCGCGGCCCCGGCGCAACAGCGAGGCCUCCUCCUCCUCCUCCUCCAAGAGCAGCACGGAGGUGCCGAGCUCCAGCUCGCCCGGCUGCCAGGAGUCGCUGCAGCCCCCGGAGGACCCCGCCCGGCCUUCCCUCACGGAGCAGCUGCGCCUCCGCCUGCGCGGCUCGGCCGACGACAUGCUGGCCGUGCGCCUGCGCAAGCCACACUCGCCCGAGACGCGGCGCCAGAAGAGCAGCUGGCGUCGCCACACCGUGGUGGUGCCGGGCGGCCUCAAGGACCUCAACUACAACGAGUGGAAAGAGCAGCACGUUUUGGGAGCUGCCGAGGCCGGCCCCAGAGACCCCUUGAGCAGAGCUCCCCUGCGGGACAACAAGGACUCCGGGCUCAGCAGCCUGGAGUCAACCAAAGCUCGGUCUUCCUCGUCCGCGGCGGGGAACGUGGCCGCUCCGGGCCAGCAAGGGGGGGGGGAGCACCAGCAGCACCGCAAAGGCAGCUCCGAGGGGCGCUCGGCUCCCCGCCGUGCGGCCUCUUUUCGUGUCCACCAGUGUCUCUAGGUAGCCAGCGAUGGAAGCUCUCGUCAGCGUGGCGGAGAAGUAGCCCUGACCCGAGAAUGGAGGUGGGCCGUCGACGCAGCCCCCCCCCUCCGCUCUAGAGCUCCCACUACUGGUCUCUCGCCUUGCCUUCUUUGAUACCUCAGUUCUCAUCGGAGCAAGAGUCUUCCCCCUCCCCUCUCCCCAGACUCGCUUUCGGAUCCCUUCCCCCUGGUAUUAAUUUAACGACACCCUUAUUUUGUGACUUUUGCAUUUAUUUAUUCCCCUCCCCCAGGGUGGCAGAUGGAGAAAAGAAAGCUGGGGCAGGUGCAACAUGGGGAGGGUUGUUCCUCCAGCCUGUAGGAAGGGCUUAGCUUGGUUUUGACACGGAGAGGUUAUCUAGGUUGUGGGAUGACCAGCCCCAUUCCCAUUUCAAAGUCCUGGUCUGCAGGUGAAUUUCAGGGCAUGCUUUGGAAGAAGACGGCAGCAAGUAUACAGGAGCAGAAGCCAGAAUUGCUCCCAGUUAUCAAGCAAGAGUCUCUUAAUACCCAUCUCUGCCUCUUUUCUAUCAGUCUACUUUGUCUCUUCUGUGUUUAACGGAGGGCGAGCCUGGUGUUGGGGAAACCACUCCUGGACGCAAGAUCAUGUUUUCCAUUUGACCACUGCCAAAGCUCUGUUGCCGAAUCAGUCGCUGUUCCAUACCGUUCUGCCUUGGCAUCCACCUUUCUAUAGCGGGGGGACUCCUUCCCCCCUUUCCUCUCACGGAUAUCCAAAAGGCUGUGUUGAUAUUGAGGGGCUUUGAAUUGGGUCCUCAUAGAAAACACACCGCCCCUUUGUGCCUUUUCCCACCUACCUUGGCUCUGUCUUUGCAAGGUUGCUACAAAGAGGGUUGAAUCCUCUUCACUUCCAGCUUGUGUAUUCGGGUCUUGUAGCCAUGGAUGCCUCCCAUGCAUUUGAAGUUGCCUGUGGAGACUAUCCCAGUUGAGAAACUGAAACUACAGAGCUGUAAUGGUCCCUGGAGAGGCACAUGGCCUUUACCAUGCUUAAAAGGCAUUGCUGUUCUCUUAUCCGAGUGAUGUCAUAACCUAUUUUUCAAAACCAAAAACAGUCCUGUGGCAUCUUAGGCCAUUUCUCCACCUUUUUUCCAGGGAUCAUCCGUGUGCAUGCAAAUGACACACAGGGAAUCCUGGGAGCAGGCAGGGACAAUCCCUCCAUUUUCCUGGGAUAAUCCUUAGGUGUAGAAAGGGCCUUAGACUCUGAUUUAUUGAGGCAUAAACCCUGGCCAAUGAAAGCUAAUGCCACAAUAAACCUCCUAGUCUUUCAAGUGCCACAAAACUCUUAGUUUUUGCUGCAACAGACAGACAUGAGUAUCCCUCUAGGAUACUAUUUUUCUAACACUCUUGGCCAAAAUAAAAAUGCAAGUUGUGCAAAAUCUGGGGGCGCCUCUGGGGUUACACCUUUUUUCUACCCUGCCCUUCUAACGUUUUCAAGUUGACUGAAACCGUAGUUAGAGUAUGCAGUCUGCCUGAACCCAUGUUAAACUUCUUGUUCAACUGCUCAGAACCUGGAGUGGAAAGGUCCAGGUAUCAGAAUAGUUCCCUCUUCCUCUUGUCUUGUAGUACUUUGUACUGGCCAUGCUUCAUGAAUUGAUCAGCAAAGAUCCCCCCUAUGCUCUGCGUACAGUUCAGGGAUGUAGUCUGGAGUACAGAAUAAGGUUGUAAUAAUGCAAAUGGGAAUAAUGGCAAAUGUGUAAUAGCUCCCUAUAACUUUUGGUGCUAAAGAGGAGAUAUGGGGUGAAUCACUCCUCUCUGCCAAGGUGAUACAUUUCUUUUGCUAAGAUCACUCCUUUCCAUGUAGACUGUGCCACUCACACUCAACCCAUUAACCCCCAUCUGCAGUGCAGAGGCAUGGGGUGAGUAUGGACACUGAGUUAUAGUUGGGAGAAGGGCAAGAGACAUCAAGACAUAGUGGACAAGCAUAUCAGAUUCCUCCUCUCCAAUGCCUUGUGCCAUAAGAAUUACUUUGCUUUGAAGAUUCCCACGGUAACAUUUGUCAGGAUUCCGUUUAGGCUUUUAUUCCAGCAACAGCCGGAAAUCCAAAUUAUGCCAUCUUGUUUUGGAGCUGCCCUCCAAAACACUCAUGGAAAAGAAAAAUACUCGGAUUCUUGCUGGUGCUAAUUUGUUUUUAACAGUGUCUUCCCCUUCUUGGUUUAUUCAGUAUGUUGGAUAGAAGUAAACCAAGGGGCCGCUCAUUUCUCUGAUGCAGAUCAGGAUAUAGAGCUCUCACGCUUGCUUUUAGAUUUGUUUUCAUCUUGUGGGCGUAAAACAUUCCCACUACCUCUUGACCUUGUAGAAUCUGAUGUGUUCGUAAAGGCAGACGAGAAAGACAGAAGAGACUUUUGCAGUGAAUAAAUAUGGGAGGCACUCUUUAACAUGGGGACACUAUAUGACAUGUAUGAGUUGCAAUUCCACUCCCUAUGCUCUGCAGAAAUGCCAUCACUUUGGGAGAAGCUACACAAUAAUUCUGUGAGGUGGCUUUUUCAUGUAGCUUCCGCAUGGUGAGCUUUUCUUCUAAAAGCCAGUCCAUCUAGUCAUAUCAAUCAUUAAUCACAUUAGAGCAAUUUCAGUAGUUUUCUAGGAAACCAAAGUCUAAAUCCUUGCUUAGUUAUGAAGUUCAGAGGGAGCCUUUGAGCAAUUGUUCUUCACAGACCUGUUGGAAGGCCAAACUGCCACUUUGAGUUCCUUGGAUGAAGGGCAGGAGUCAAAUGUAAUGGGUAUAAUGUGGCAAAUGCUGAACUUCACUGCCUGAGGAUGUGUUAAUGAAAGGGAAUUACCGUAUUUCUUCUAUUGUAAGAUGCCAUCGAUUGUAAGACGCACACUAAUUUCAGUACCACCGACAGAAAAAAAGCUUUGAUUCUAAGAAAUAUAGACGCACCCGCGAUUCUAAGACGCACUCCGUUUUUAGAGAUGUUUAUAUGGGGGGGGGGA